AUGGUUAACGGAAACUACAUAUUAUACGGUGACAGACCGGCCUCCGAGUCAGAGAUAGUAGACGACCACGUGCACACAAGAACAGUGGAGCGUAAAACGAAACGUAAAUCUAACAGAUCAGCGAAUGAUCUACAGCGCUCCUUAAACUUAGCUCAGAAACUAGACAAUGAGACGGACGCAGAUAAAUACGAGAAGAAAAUAAAGGAGCCGAGGUUACUGCGUUACGUGCCAACGAGUGAGGUGGAGGAGCAUUUUGUCACCGAGAAAUUCGAGACGUACGAUUUGAAGCCGAUAGAAGAACCGAUGAAGAGGUACGCGUUCGCUAAGAAGCCGAAGAAUCCUGCUGACGGCUCGGUGAAUUACGCGUAUUCUAGAUCGAGCAGUAGUUGCAGUUCGCCGAAUGGGAAUUUGCCUACGAUAUCGGAACAUGGCGAGCAAUACGGGACGUAUCGUAUUCGAUCACUUCAAGCUCGAAAUUCGAAUGAGACUAUAGAAGGUUACGAGUCGAAGUUCGACAAGUAUUUCACAACACCGCGAGAGGUUAAAACGUUUGCUGCUAAGGGUUCGCAUCCAGAUAGCUUAUACAGGGUGCCGUCAGAUGGCGCUAGCACUUCCAAAAGGGUCGUCAAAAUAAUGCGUAUGCUACGAUGGCCCGUUGCUCUCUUCGGAGUCUGUGUUGCUCUUGCAGUAUUUGUCUACUUUUUGAUGCCUGAAAACUUAGGACAGGUUGAUAAGAUAAACGCUACUAGUUGGGACGAGAGCUUUUCUAGUGCCCAGUCGUACUCCUCUUCAUCAACAGAAAAACCAUUCAACCAAAACACAUCUUCAGAUGCUCCUGGUACAAAAAUUUCUGAGAUCGAUUUCUAUGACGCUGACAACGAAACAAAUAUCUCUUCUGUAAUCACAGACAGCAGCGGUAUAAGAAAAUUACCAAUCCCUCCCGUCUUCCCAUCUCAUAUCGAACCAGAAGUCCAAUAUGGAAAUGAGAAAGCCGAUGAUGACAACGCGCGGAAGCCAAAGGUUCUCAAUAGCAACUCAGUACCAGACGAGUCGACGUUCAGACCACACAUCACUCAUCAUCCAGAAAAACCUCUCGCCAUUUACUUUAAAGACGCUGAUGCCGUUUCUACCACUAGUACUGAGAGGAUCACUACCCAAGUGGCUAAGAACUCAGAACCAGCUAAUACAGUAAUAGAUUUAGAUGAAAACUUUACAACAAAGACAACAGUAUUUGCUUCAGCACGUACUACAAAACGGCCUAAAGUUCACGUACAGUCUCCAGCUGAGCUCCCAAAAGUCAACAAAGCCAGUUUGCCAGAAAUAUACAGAUCGGGGGAGGAUAUUUCACCUGACAUCCGAGAGUACUACGGGCGGCCUGAUUUGCAAUCCAACGUGAAGUUUACAUCAGGUCAUUCAAAACUUUUUGGUAUUUCUAUAGAAGACGCAGAGAGAAGUAGGUCAACAACUCAAAGUUCACUGUAUAACACCAGAGUUUCCCCCACUCUACCUACUUGGAGGGACAGAGAUGAAACUACCAAAAAUCCUAUUAAUUCUUUGUCUGAUGUGCCUCAAUGUCGAUCGACACGUCUGCCUCUAUGCCGUGGGAUCUUGCCAUACGAUUUAGCUGGUGCACCAGCGAGGAUUGGCCAAAAGGAAGUGACUCUACUUCUGCCCCAGAUUGAAUACAUGGUGUCUACAAACUGCAGUGACCGCGUCCGUCAUUUUGCCUGUGCUCUGCUGGAACCGGAAUGCAGCCCGCCGCCAUUUUCUUCUAAGUUGCCCUGCUAUAGUCUUUGCAAAGCGAUAUUGGACAGCUGUGAAGGAUACAUCCCAACAGAACUGUCUCCCAUGUUCGCCUGUAAUCAGUACUCCAGCAGUAAUUGCGCUAACGCUCGUACACCAUGCUAUCCCAGAGAAUUGGCCUGUGGAGACGGCUCCUGUGUACCCAGGGACUGGAUAUGUGAUGGAACUCGUGAUUGUCCAGGGGGAGAAGAUGAAGCACCCUGCUCCACUUGUGAAGAUAACGAAUUUCGAUGCAAAUCAGGUCUAUGCAUAAUGAAACGUUGGCUCUGCGAUGGUUACUCGGACUGCCCUGGUGGCGAAGACGAAGACGAAGCGACGUGCACAGCCCAUGUUCCUGCUCGUCUGGCCGCUGCUGCCGAGAUUGACGAACCUGGGGAAGAGCCCGCUGGUUCCGCACCAGCGCCAUCUAUCCGAAAACCUUAUAAAUUACCUCCCAGAAACUAUCAUUCGCAAGGAGAAACAGACAGCAAGGAAUUACUGAUGACAAGUGACUCUACCAACGCAUUCAAGCGUAAUUUCACACGACGCCCGUCACCUUCAAGGCUCACCCCUUAUUCCAAACCCACGCCUAAACCACCGGUAGAAGAAGAAGAAACUUCCUUCACACUCGUAACGACAGAAAAAUCAGCAGCGUCCUACCGAAAGAAUUUCAGGAAACAAACCCAAAGGGUCCCUGAAACACCAACAGAUACUGGUGAUGAUCAGAAAUUCUUCUACGUGGAUAUAGAAAGAGAAGGAAGUGACGAAAAGAAAGUGGAACCAGUAGAGGAAGCUAAGCAGACGAAACUUGAUAAGACUAUUGAUAAUUUGGAAAGGGUUAUUGAUGGACCUGCAUUGUUACGGAAAGCAGCGCACGCGCGUAAGAAAGACUGGGCGUUGGAAGCGAAUGCGACUGAAGAGGAGUUUGCCUAUAGUUCUCAUGCAUCGCCAUGCCCCAACGAGGAGCUGCGUUGUGUGGACGGCCGCUGCAUCACACUGGCACAGCUCUGUGACGGCACCAUAGACUGUUCAGAUCACGCUGAUGAAGACAACUGUUAUACGUGA